AUGGAAGAAGGCAACUCUAACGGGACAAUUGGGUCUAGCGAAGGCAAACUACGAUUGUGUCACCAAUUUAUUGUCACCUACUAUUGGAACGAGGCUGCCGAUGGCGCUCAUCGCGUAACAAACAUGAUUCUGGUCCCGAUUCUGAUUAUUCUCGCGGUGUUUGGUGUUGCGCUAAAUUCACUGUUGAUCUUGGCUUACGCGAAGAAUUCUCGCCUACGCACCGUGCCAUCAAUGAUGAUGGUGGCGCUAGCUUGCAGCGAUCUUCUUAUUUCCCUCCUGGUUGAUCCAGUGUACGCCGCCAAAUUGGUGCUGGAAAUUCUUGGCACUUCGUGUUGUCCCCUGUGGAUCGCAUGUCGACUUAUAACAUAUUUCUGUUGUGGGGUGUCUUUUCUAACAAUCCCUAUUAUGAGUAUAGAGAGAUUCAUAACCUUAGCCUAUCCAUACCGACAUCAAACCAUCCUGACACGGCCUCGAUUGAGAUUGGUCGUAAUCAUGACUUGGCUUACACUUUUUCUGUUAGUGAUAUCCCAUCUGCGUUUAGUCCCAGACUCUAUUUUACUGAUUAUCGGCGCACUACUGAACUUCACCGGUCUUGCGAUUGUCAUUUCAAUAUGGAUUUGGAUCCACAGAUUGCUUCGUAAGCACAAAAAAGCCAUACAGACGAUGCAAACACCUUCAGAUGAUCAGUCGCGAAGCAAUACCAAGCAGGUGUUUCGUAACACCAAAACAAGUUACAUUGUUGUUACAUCAGUGUUACUCUGUUAUGUUCCAGCGUUGAUGGCCAUGGUGUAUUUCGCGGUCAGUGAUUCUGUUAGUCAAACAAUGACCUUUGUUGUUGAUCCCUGGGCCGAGGCAUUGAUGUUCUCAAAUGCAGUGAUCAAUCCCUUGUUGGUAAUUUACUGGCAUAGAGAUUUUCGGCUUGGCGUAAGGCAGUGUCUGCCUAACUGGUGCGGGCCUCCUUUAGAGUCUAGAGUUUUCCAAAUAACCACGACUCAACAAUUUACUAAAUAA